AUGUUUAAUAAGGUGUUUGAUAUAUUAAAUAGUAGAUCUAUCAAUUGCAUUGAAUCCAAAAAAGCACUUUGCAAAGAAAAUAUUGAAGAAAUUAAAUUGUUCACAAAUCAUUUCUGUACUUAUAUCAAAGGUCUUAAAAUCUUAGAGAGUGAUAAUAAUUUUAUACCUGUACUUGAAUCUAAAUGUAAAACUGGUUUUAUAGGUUUCAUUGUUUCUUUAAAUAGUUUUUUGAAAUUUUACUCAAAAUUAAUUGAGUCUAAUAAACUGUCAUAUAUUAAAGCUUAUAAAGUAAGUCAAGACCAUUUAGAAAUAUUCUUCUGUAGUAUUCGCUCCCAUGGUGGGUUCAACAAUAACCCAACAGUAAGACAGUUUCGCUCUGCCUAUAGAAAAUUAGUUAUACGAACCACUGACAUGAAGCAAUUUAAUACUGGCAAUUGUAUACCUUUAGAAGACAUCGAUAUUUUACAUUAUUCUAGUUCAGAUCCAGUCACAGUAUUAAAUAACAAUUCAACAAAUAUAAAUUCAGAUAAAAUUGUGGAGGAAGAAAAUUCACAAAAUAUAAAUUCAUUUAUAAUGGAUCAUGAUUAUAUUGUGAGUAAUAGUGAUUAUUCUUUUAGUUAUUUUUCAAAAGAAGUUAUAACUUAUGUAGCUGGAUUUGUAGUUCAUAAACUUACCAACACACUUAAAUGUAAUACCUGA